UAUUUCCUUCCCCAGCAGAGCUCGGGGCCCGGCCUAGCGGCGGCGGCACCCGGGGGCCGGGGUGCAGGGAAGGGCAGCGGCGUUUCCCCCUCCCGCGGCUUCUCGCUCGUUUGCCCGCCCGCCGACACCGCGGCGGAGGAUGGCCGAGGACUCGCCCAAACGGCGCAAGGCGAACUUCAACGAGGCGGAGACGGAGGUGCUGAUCGAGCAGGUGCUGAAGCACGAGCAGCUGCUGUUCGCGGCGGGACCCGGCCGCGCCUCCGCGGGCCAGAAGCGGAAGGUGUGGGAGCUGAUCCGGCACAAGGUGAACCCGGUGGCCGCCUGCCCCCGCGACGUGGAGGACCUGAAGAAGCGGUGGCGGGACCUGAAGCGCCGGGACCGCAGCAAGCUGUGCCGCCUCUCGCAGGGCUGCGGGCCGCCGGCGCCCCCCGCCCUCGGCCUCCUCCUGGCCCCCGAGGAGCUGCCGCCCGCCGCCGCGCCGCCCGCCCGCCGCCAGCGCCGCCCCUACGGCUCCCUGCUGCCCGCCGAGGCCGUGCCUAUCGUGGGCGGCAUCGACACGCUGGAGCUGCCCGGCGCCGUCGUGGGGGACAUGGGAUUUAAUAGCAGUCCUGGCCCAUCUCAUCAAUCCAGUCUUGAGCAGAUGAACCUCAAAGAAGAAAUAGUAGUGAAGGUGGUGGAGCCAGAAGAAAGCUCUGAGGACAUGGUAGUGGUUCCACCUAGUCAAGAACAACUGCCUUUUCUGGGGACAUCAGGCGGUGCUUCCUCUGGGAAAGUAAAAGCCAAAACAAAAGACAGGUGCCAGGCAGACCAAAAUGAAAUGACUGAAGAGGACCUACUGCAGAUUCAGCAGACCCAAAUACAGGUGAUCCAGUCUGGCUUUGACAGUGUCAACCACAAUCUUCGGCUGCUGCAGCAAGGCAUGCAAGAUCUGAGUAACAGUAUCAGCAUCAUGGCACAUACGCUUGUUGCUAUCAAGAAUGUCUAUGUGAAAAACAACACUGGCCCAACCACACAUGCCACUGCAUCUACUCAGACCACAGCUGGGUACCUGAGCCCAGGAUCCCCCCAGCUCUCCCCUGCUAAGGACAGAGCUAGAGCACAGGUGGCUGGAAGCAGCAGCAGAAGCAGCAGCUGCAGCUCCAGCUCCAUGUCACAAGAACCAGGUCCUUCUGAGUUUCCUAGGCCCCCCCUGAGAACCAUUAAGAAAGAACAUCCAAAUGGUUGCUACUACUUCUGCUUUGCAGAUGUGUAAAACUUGAAUAGAUGUAAAAUGACUGUGUUGUUGGGUGCUGAUGUAUGUUCUGCUCCGGCCUGUGACUUUGAGGGAGCGAAGUGGACUUGCCUCCCAUGUUUUUCCCAGUGGGAAACAUUUUGCUAUAGGUGGCAUUAAACACUAAUUACCAGCCUCCAGUUAACCCUGUUGCAGUUGGCUAAUAAAUUUAUUCUCUUUUCUUUA